GCAUUGAUUAGUCCAUCUACAGUGAGGCAGCAGCGGAAUUUCUGGGUGCAGAUAGGACCACUCCUCUCUGCAUAUGAUUUUUUUCUCUCCCUCUCUUUCUCUCUCUCCUCUCUCUCCACAGUCGGGGCUCAGUGGUGGUGAGGAGGGGGGAGGGUGGUCUUGCAGUCGACGAGAGGAACAGGAGUUUAUUGAGGAGUAGCUGCAACGAGAGAGAGAAAAAAAACGCAUGCAACUGAGCGCCGCUGCCUUGCGGAUGGAGAGGAGAGAGACAGGGAGCAAGAUCGUGCUCGGACGAAAAGACCACUUUGUGCGGAGAAACUGCUGCCUGAAUUGUUUAACUUGUUGAUGCGACGUAUUUCUGCCGUUUUACCUCUAUCGUGUGGCUGCAGUGACUGAUAGAUGGGAGGCGGAAUCGCAAGUAUUCUCUCCGUGGGUGCAGUUUAAAGAGCAACCUUCUCUAAGGUGGGUGGUUUUUCCCCUUUACUUCAAUUUCCAUUCAAAGAAAUCUAUUCCCGCUUGUUGAUAGGUGACGCUUUUUAGACAUCCAAUUCAUAUUCUGCCGCAAAGUGGCUUCCAUAACUGAGGGAAAGGCUGGAGAGUGAUACUCAACAGUGCUAUGCGCAGUGUCAGUAGAACUAAAAGGGUUUGUGUGUUUUCUAUCACAAUCUGUUAAGCCUAGGUGCCUCAAAACCUGGACCCUCAUUGUCUCUUUGUGCUCUUCUUCUUCUUCUCCUGCAGAUGCGAUUCAUCUCUGAGCCAUAGCACUGUGAGAACCGGACAAGGGUUGUACUGAACACUACAGGUCAGCAUGGCAGCAGGUGUAGCGGCAUGGCUCCCGUUCGCCAGAGCGGCGGCCAUAGGAUGGAUGCCCGUGGCGAGCACCCCGAUGCCCAUCCCUCCCCAAGAAAAGAGGAAAGCCCAAGACGGACUCAUCAUCCUCAACGUGAGCGGGACCAAGUUUCAAACGUGGCGGACGACUUUGGAGAGGUACCCGGACACUUUGCUGGGGAGCACGGAGAGAGACUUCUUCUUCCACGAGGAGACGAAUGAGUACUUUUUUGAUCGUGACCCUGACAUAUUUAGACAUAUCCUGAAUUUUUACCGCACGGGGAAACUACACUACCCGCGGCAAGAAUGCAUAUCCGCGUACGACGAGGAGCUGGCUUUCUUCGGUAUAAUCCCCGAGAUCAUUGGAGACUGCUGUUAUGAGGAGUACAAGGACCGAAGGCGCGAAAAUGCGGAGAGGCUCCAAGACGACGAGGAGAUGGACAUGAACAAUGACGUCACGCCGGUAAACUUGACGUACCGGGAGUUCUUGUGGCGGGCUUUUGAAAACCCUCACACCAGCACCGUAGCCCUGGUCUUCUACUAUGUCACCGGCUUCUUCAUCGCCAUAUCGGUGAUGGCCAACGUGGUGGAGACGGUGCCCUGCGGGACGCUGCCCAAUAGAUCGAAGGAGAUCUCCUGUGGGGACCGGUAUGCGCUCGCUUUCUUUUGUUUGGACACCGCGUGCGUCAUGAUAUUCACUGUCGAGUAUCUUCUGCGUCUCAUUGCAGCUCCCAGCCGCUACAAGUUCAUGAAAAGUGUGAUGAGCGUCAUUGACGUGGUCGCCAUCAUGCCUUACUACAUCGGUCUGGUCAUGACCGACAAUGACCAGGUGAGCGGCGCUUUCGUCACGCUCAGAGUCUUCCGGGUCUUUCGGAUUUUCAAGUUCUCCCGGCACUCCGCGGGGCUGCGCAUCCUGGGCUACACCUUGAAGAGCUGCGCCUCUGAGCUGGGCUUCCUUCUCUUCUCCCUCACCAUGGCCAUCAUUAUCUUUGCCACGGUCAUGUUUUAUGCGGAAAAAGGCUCCACAGCCAGCAAGUUCACCAGUAUCCCUGCUGCGUUUUGGUACACUAUUGUCACCAUGACAACACUGGGGUAGGUGGCUUCAUGAAGUCCAUACAACCUGUAAAGCUUGUCGUAAAUCACACUUUUAUUUGUUUUACUGCUUUGGUUUUUCUAAUACAUUAAUUUAAUUACAGUAGUUGUACAUACUGAUAAGGAUUCCUGAUAUUUUAAGUUCUUAGAGGGGAGCAAAGUUAGCGUCAUGAGCAGCAAAGAGGCCAAGAAGUAUAAUUUUUGGCUGUUGUUUGAACAAGCCUAAUUGGUAGGGGGCCACAGGUGCGCUUUUAUUGGGCAUUUCAACGGCCUCCAGCGUUUUUCAGCCAAUAAAAGGGCAGGAAGAUUCGGCUUCUCAGUGGCGCGUGUGCACCAUUCACUGCCAUGUUCACUGCCUAUCAAUGAGCCUGCACUACACAAGCAGCCUUUGAGGUUGGGCCUCCUCCCUGCCUGUUUUAAAGGGUCCCUAUUUGAUGCGCUCUUUUGGAAAGGUUACAGCUAUAGACAGACAUAUUCUGGCCAACGAGUGGGGGGAGUUUUAAAAAUUCAUCUCUAAGGACCAGACAGAAAAGCACCAAAUUCACUGGCUAAACUCAGACAUGGGGGUAUUCAUUAAAUUAGGAGGAAGAAACACACACACCUUUCAUCAUCCUCACUUUACUGCCUCUCAUCCGUGCUCUCUUUCCUUUCUUUAAAUGAGCUACUGUAAAUAUUUGAGUCCUAAUUUCAUGCUCAUGAACAACCUCAGCUGUACUUUGUGCUGAUGUGGCAUAAAAUAAUUAAACAUGGUUAAGACGAUUACAUCAAAUUAAUAUGUAUUGAUGAGCUCACUCAGCCGCUCAGAUGCUGCUCUUGGCUUAUUAUUAGUAUUGUUAUUAUUUCCGCUUUUCAUUCCAGCUCAGCAUUCUGGGCUUGAGCGCUUUCCAAGGUGCUGAAAAGUUGGUUCAGUCAGUCCAGUAUAGCUUCUAUUACAUUUACAGUAUUUGAAAUAUUAAAAGCGAAUGUGGAUAUCAUAAUGCAUUUUAUUGUUUCCUAUUGAAUUCGAUGCCUUGUGUUCUGCAUUCGCAUCUGUGCAAACAAGGUUAAGCAGCUAAUGUUAGUCCUCAUGCCCUCCUCUUCACAGAUGACACAUAAAUGAGGUCCUGCUGAAAUAGUGUCUUUAUUUCGAGUCAAAACAUCACACAUCAAACAUUGCAAAACAAAUUCCCUCUGGCUGUGUGUAGUUGGUGCGUGUGCUUCUCUGUUUCUGCAUGUGUGUUUGUGUAUGAUUAUAUGUGCAUAUAUAUGUGCACUUAUGUUGUAGGGAUACGCUGUGAAUAUAGAGCUUAAUGCUUACUCUUCUGCAUCAACUUUGGUUAAGCAUGAAUUUCUUAUGCUUCAUACAAACAAACUGAGUCAUAUUCUUGACUUUCCAUGUGUUUGGUACCCCUCCUCUUGUUUGUCUGCCUUCAUAUCUGCAUUGAUGCAGCCUCUCUGCACCUGUUUCAGUUCUGCAGGCAACAUAUGGUUCAUCACUAUUUCUGUGAUUAUUGAUUUUAUUUGUUUUAAUAAUGGAAACUGACCUUCUCUUUCGCACCACACUGCAGAGUUAUUAGAUUUCCUGUCUUAUUAGUGGCAAAAGAAACUUCCCUCAGUACUCAUUCAAUACCAGUCGAAACCACCAAUCACCCGCAAAAUGACCAGUCAGGGCAUAAUAAUUAGCAAUGUAUAUGAUCUGGAGGUUGAAGCAGCCACCUUAAACCUAAUGCCUUCCAUUUGGAUUUAAAGCAAGUCUAAAGGAUGAUUUGUGUGAGAGAAUACAUUAUUUAUCUUUUGGAGGCAACAAAGAUAUUGCUGCAUUCAGCUUGGAAUCCCUUUUUUGUGUUGCUUAAGAUGGAUUAGAAAAAGAUGUUCUGCUGCAGGAGAACAAAAGUGAACCGUCCUUGUUAAUGGGGACGUUUCUGUCACUCUAUUGUGAACCAUGACAGCCUGGCUGACAGAUUUGCAACCUAAACUGAAGCCUUGCAGUGGUGCAGAAUGCUGCAGAGUGGACCACCGGAGGAGAGGCUGAAUACCCAUCACUGAGAGACAAAGUCAUCUCCUCCUCAGGAUCCAUCAUUGUUCUCAGGUGUGCUUUUAAAAAUCAUACUUCACACAAGCAGUGGAGUCGAUGCUUUGCUGUCAUAGCACACCGAACAUUGUUCAUGUUGUUGUGCUUUCGUCCUGCAACCUUCACAUUCUCAUCUGAUCUGAGAAACACGCUAUUCUGGUUGUCUCGGAUCCCAGCAUGCAGAAAAAUUAACCCCAUUCCACAAAUAGUUAUUUGAGUCGCUUUAGAAAAGGGUUGUCUUUUUCUUGGCUUGCAAAUAAGCUCUUUAAAGACCAGCUUGGCGCUUCUGACUGAAACCUCAAUUUGAGGCGUUUGAAAGCGUUUGAUUUCAGUGUGAUAGUCAAUGAUGCUUUUUCCGGCAUGGUAUCAUGAUGCGUUUCCACUACAUAUAUUUUCAAUUUCCCUGCCUCGCACCCUGUGGAAGUAAAGACAGAGGCAUUCGUUCCCUCCCCUGCUGAUGGCCCAUUGAUUGUGCUUAAGCAGACGUGCAGACAUUGGGGGAGCAGGGGCUCCUGUUCAGAGGCACUUGGCAGGCAGCCUGAAUGACAAGGAAGGGUGCCUGGAGACCAGCGGAGAAUCAAUAGCUCUGUGCAGCUGCGUGUCACACCUCUAUGUGUCUCCUGCUCUGUGCCACCAAACACAGGACGAGACCCACUUAUCCCUCCUUAUUUAUUGAGGCUAAUCUCUGUGGCUUUUUUCACCAGCAAAGUGGACGCUGCCUCUGUCAGAAUGCUGCCAUUAAGAGGUUUAAGAAUUGAGUGACUGGGUGUAAAAUGUGCGAGUUUAUCUGUGGCAUUGUGUUUUGCAACAUUUUUGAAAACUGCACAAACAUCGGGGAGUAUAAUUUAGCUAGUCGAUCCAAUAUUGUGCAUUUGAGGUAGCGAUAGGCUCCAAUUUAAAGAUAGUAUUGCACUUUAUUAGGGUGGAAUCAGAUGCUGCGGUGUUUUCUUGCUCUUGUUUUCUCCUGAUGAUCCUCACAGUCAGGGUGAAUUAGCAGCAGAGGGAGUUUUUGGUGCUUCAGAUCUUUUAAGUGAUUUAAGGUGUAAUGGAGUGCACUGCUGAGAGCAGCUGUGAAAACGGUGGAAGUCAAGCGCAACCCACAAGGGAAAGGAGUGGAGAGGACAAGGUUUAGUCUGGCGUGGAGACACACACAUUCCACUGGACACAAGCACACAUUAUUACCUUUGAGAGACAUUAAGACCUCAGACACUAACGCACACUCUUGUCUCUUGUUCCUCUUAUCAAUAUCCUGCUCUCAACGCCUGCCUCUCUAGGUGAUGCUACGAGGAGUUAUCAUUCUAAUUACUGAUUUGCCGUGACAUCUACACGGUGCAUUGUACUCAGAGCAACACACACGGCUGUAGAUUGCACUCACUCAACAGAUGCAGAAUUUAUCACCAUGUCGUUUGUCAGUGCUUUAGCUCCACCCACCAAAUACGUCUGGAAAGGCUUGACAAGUGAGCCCUAUAAACCUCUCUGGUUAGGAUUUAUAAGACAGAGGAGGCAAGGUUAACAGACAAGAGGGUCACUGUAGGGCCCAUAAACUAGCACAAGUAUAACCAUUAUCAUCCUCGUGACUUUUGACACCUCCAGCCCGUGGCAAUCACAGCGAACAAUGCAAAGCGUCGCCUGCAUGGAUCGCUGAGACUCAGAUCAAAGCUUUUUGAAGUCCAGACCCUUCACUUGCAUGUCAGAUGUAAUUGAAAUACACAGGAACAAUCUGGAGGGCCUGUACUGUAUCCGUACCCAAGAGAUAACAAACGCAUUCUUGAUGAUGUGGUACUCGUAUGGGGGGAUAAGUGAGCCAGCCCCUGGCAGGCAUUGCAGGGGAUUUUCACUCCUUUUUAUACCUCGACUGAGCAUGACAGUCAGCCAGAACAUUUGGUGUGUUUGAUUAUGAAACGCGAUGGGUGUAAUUUUUGUGUUCACCGGAAUACAUUACACCACUUGGCAUUGUGUAUGUUAUGCACAUUAUGAGAAUCAGCAAUUCAUUACGAGAGAUGUGAUGUAUGACUGUGUGAAGCAGAAGUGGCUGCUGUGAGAUGUGUAGGCUGCCAUUAGCCUGCAGGCUUGCAGCGCCCCUCCAGGUGCUUUAUUGGUGAGGAGAGGUGAUGCUAAUACGAGGCUGGUAUAAUGGUCCUGAAGUGACAGGUGACUUAAUGAGGGGAACCUGGCACUGAAAUGUGUUCAGUGUGAGUUCCUGUCUGCCCAUGCAAAUGACUGUGAAAUGGAGGAGUGAGAGUGAGGGCUGGAAACAAGCAGCCUUCUUCUUCAGAGGAGAUUAAGAUCAUUAUGAAAGACAGAAACUGUGUGAAAAAAAAAAAAUGAUGUUUUUAUUCCUGCUAAAUUGAAAAUAUGCAAGCCUGGCAUUUUCUUUAUUCCCUUUGUUUUCAUCACAGCGAAACAGUUUCACACUGGCAGCCCGAGAUUUAGAAAGGGUGGUGUGGAGGUGUGAGCUGAAUGAUUGAUUAACAUUUUAUGGGCUGUCAUAUACUGCUGAUUUAUGACAUCAUAUUUAUGUACUUGAGAAACUUCAUAGGCUUUUAUUUGCACCUAAAUUACACUUUAAUGCUGCUAUUUUUUAUUGAAUUAUACAAUGUCGAAGAGGAAAUGUAUUUGUGGUCAGCGAACCCUGAAGUGAAAACAGAUCAUGGCCAGCUGCUAGGUUGAUGUGAGGAUACUGUGUGUGUGAACUGACUCUUAAAGCAGGCAUGCGUCACUGCAGAUGGUCAGAUUGAUAAAUAAUCUAUAUGGCAAGGACAAAAUGGCUGUCCCUCUUUUUGAUUCGAUUUCUUUGACAUCUCCAGUCUUCCAGGCAGCGCCAAUAACACUCAUUCCACACACUGGGUUUUCAUUAAUUCACUUUGAAUGUGCUGCAUUAAGCAGGGAAAUAGACUAGCAUGUUCUGCACUUGGGCCCAGGUAACGUGGUAUGAGGACAUAAAAUAUGGCAUCAGUGUUUUUCUCCACUGCUCAGCAUUUUUUAUCUUGUGCUUUGUAUUGCAGGCAACAAACAAGAUUAAUGGAAUUUCCCAGAACAAGAUUAAAGUUAGUCUGAAUGAAUGCAGCAUCACUGCUUUAGGAAAUAAGGAGAUAUGUGAGAAAACACAUCACCUCGAUUUCAUUGUUGUUAGAAAGCAUUUGCUCUGCCUGACUCCACUUCCAUCCAAUCUAACAGCCCAGAAACCCUGAGCCAGCUCCAGUCGAAGAAUACAAUGAGGAAAUGUUGAAUUCUUUUCGACUGUGUCCUAUCCUGGAAGUUGAUAUGUUGUAAAAGAUAUCAGAUGUAGAGUGCAUGAUGAGAUCAAAUAGUGUGAAAAUGAUAAAGCUGGGCCCAACAGCUAUCUCCUCCUAUAGCACUGCAUGGCCUAUUUACAUACUCAGCAUUUACAUACAGAUGGAAACUGCUUGUCUGGUCAUGGAGAUUGGUAUGCAGACACACAUAAUGCCUCCUCAUCACUUUGUUGAGAUGUAUCCAACAGUAUUCAGAAUGGAUUCUUUUCACUUCAGUCUUCUAAUUUACAUUGUGAUUUGAAUAAAAUCCUUGUAGGUGUAAUGUCUGGAUUACAGUAAAUGUUUUCUAUAGAAAAGAAAACACGAUUUUAGGAUCAUCCACCUGAUGUAAAGCUGGUAAUCUAAACAUUAAGCCCUACUUUAUCGGAUACUGUCAUUAGUUGAUUAAAGUUGAUUAGAAAAGCAGCUCUCUCUCUAGGCCGGGGGAUGCACUCUGGAUGGAGGAAGAACAAAAAGCAGCAUUGAAUUUAAUCAAAUAUAGAACAAUAUCAGGGCCAGAGUCAUCUGUGUUGAUGUGAGACCUUAAGUUUUCAUAAAGGGCAAGACAAACCUUUACCUCAUGUACAAAAUGACCAACCGUCAGUAUUGAUAAAGGAGAUUGAUGUUACUAUCAUUAAUUCUGGGGGUGCACAGUACUGAUUUUUUUAGCCAAUAGCAGUAAUCUGCUCCCGGAAUUAACGCUGACCAAUGUACAGUGUAUUUUUUAACACUUUUGCAUUUUGUGCUAAUGCUAGCCUUGGCUACAGGUGCUGCAUAUUUCCUCACUAUUGAAUCUAGUGAGCAUUGUGUGGCUAUCUUGUAGCAGUGGGCAACUCAGCAUUACCUGCUGACUGUAACAGCAGGAUGAACUGCUUUUUUAGGGCGGCAUUACAUUACAUUACAUCAGACAUGGGUUUUAACAACGGCAUGAUCACAAAUGGAGGAACAGAGAAAAGAAUUGACCACAUCUUUGUGAUGAAGUGUUGUAAAGGGUUACAUGAGUCUACCAUCCCACUGAGCAUUUUUUUGGUCUAAAAGAGGUCUAAUCGACGUCUAAAGGCAGCCCAGAUGACUGGUCUAAAAUCAGACUACCACAGGUCUAAAAAUGAAAGAUUUUAGACGUCUAAAUUUAGACCAAGUUUAGACCAAGUCUAAAUCUGAGCUAUAGCUAUACUACACUGUAUAUUGCUCAAUGGCUAUCAUAAUUAUAUUGGUUAAGUACUUGGAGAUCAGUUAUGCAACUCACAGUUGCUUUUUGAAAUAAAUAGUAAUUGAAUAAUGUGUUAAAGUGCAACGUCUAAAUUCUGUCUAAUCUAGACGGAAUCUAGACGGUUGAAAAAACAACUAGACAUCUGAUAGCCGUCUAUUGCUCAGUGGGAUAUGUUAGUCACAGUAACCAAUUUCCAUGGAGUUAUAAAUACUUAUCUGCAUGCUUUUUCUUUUAUUUUUAUAUGUAUUGAUUUAUUAAUGCACCUAGAUAGUAGUGGUUACUUGCACCUUCUUGAUUAGCUCACUGUUUAAUAAGAGAACACACAGACACUAAAGGUAAAAGUGGAAAACUAAUCUCUUCUGAGAAGCUAGCGUUCAAAUGUGCACAUGUGAAAGGGAUGGUUACCUUCUAUGGUUUGUCGUUUGGUCUCUACAUCUUUGCUGUGAUGAUGAAUUUUCAGGUGCGUAAAAUAGUAAUUGCUGUUAAAACUUGAGGACUUCUUGUCUCAUCUUGGUAUACAGUACUUGUCGCUGCUCUGCUGACACAUUGAAAGCAUACACUCAAAGGGUCAUGAUCGUUUCUCAUUCAUUUUCAUUUCCUUUUUCUUUCCCUGUAAGGUUUCUUUUCGUCUCUUCCAUGUCACUGCUGUAGGGGUCUUGAUUUUCUAGUGGUACACUUCCUGUGCCAAAACAAAAAGGUUAUUUUUAAACCACAGAUUUUGUACUGAUUGAAAAGCAAGAUAUGAAGUUUUACAGUGAUUAGAGGUGCUUGGAGGCACUUUUAGUUUUCUUGGACACGGCCAGGGUAACCUUGAGCUAGAUUACGUUAAACAGCACUUGCUUUAUUUUACACAAGAAGGCACAUGUUUACAUUCGCUAAAUUGCUGAAGUGUCACAAUUGAACUAUACUCUUAGACUUUAUCAAACUAGUCUUUUCAGCUGAGCUCUCUCAGACACUGAACGACUGUUACUGUAGGAAGAUCUCAACACUGUUCCAAUGGUUUUUCUGAUCCUCCUUUUGUGUCAGCUGAUGUUAGUACAGUCAGAUCUCACUAUGAGUACAACGUUUUCACACUCUGCAAACAUUAAAAUAGUCAAGAACAGCUAUUGAAAGUUUCCUCACUCACUUGUUUAAAAUAUUAUGGUGAGGGUUUUUCUGCAAGGUCAGAGAGCCAAUUAAUAACUCCACUUUGUGUGCAAACAACAGAGGAAUGAAAUGAUACCCAUAAUUCCCACAUGGUCACAUUAGCAAUGUGAGAAAAUUCUCUGUAAUGAAUUGUAGACUAAACAUAUGCGAGUCACCGGCCUUGCACUUGUUACUGUAGUGCAACACUGGGGCUAAUCAGCAUACAAACAACAGGCUGUAGUUUGUUGUCAUGACAAGCUGCAGCAUUUUAAUGUCAGCUCUGAACAUUAAACUGCUUCCUGCUCUGGCAUGUAACAAGUACUGGACGCAGGGGGAACAGUUGUUCUUUUAUUUUUAGAUGCCCUAUCACUUUGGCAAACAUGGGCUGGCACUCAUUAUCAACUAUUUCCAAGACCCUAAUCAGUUUUUGCAUCUUUUCUGACUUAAAAAUCAGGCUAUUAAGCUCAGACGUAGAAACAAGAAGUUUUAAGGAAGGUUAUGAUAGUCCCUGUGAGGAGUUCAGGGAGGUUUAUUUUGCUCUUUGCACAGCUCAUUCCUUUCAGGUGCACGGCGGGAUGGCAUAGCACAAUAGCACAAUUUCUUGAAAUGGUGCCAACUUUUAUAAUGCCAGAGCGUGAGUAUCCCUCCUCCUGACAUUUGUCUCUUUAUCAAAAAUGCCCCUCAGCUAACAAGCCAACAUCUGUGAUCAGCAGAGAUUCUGAGAUUAUCGCUAACAGCAAUCAUCCGUCUGCUCUGUGAACAAAACAGCAGAGAAUUCAAAGAGCCAUGUAACUUCUGCUGGCCGACACCUCGUCUGAAGAGUGAUGGGAUAACAGUACAGAUACAGCUUUAAAAAGAAAGUUAUGCUGUUUUUAAAGCCUCUCAGCAAAACAUAAACUAGGCUGAAAUGAGAGAAAUCCAUUACCUUGACAGUCAGCCCACAUCCCAAAGCCCCUGCAGUUUAACACCAUGUCGCAUACAUUUAUUUCACAAACUUUUUAUGGUGAGGUAAUGUGUAAUGUUCACAGGAGUUACUGUCUUAGAUCAUGUGAGAGUGUUGAAAUCAAUAGCAGCUUUCAUCCACCAGAGACUAACAGAAGGCCUAGUUCGUCUUUAGAGUCAGAGAGAAAUGAGGAAACUUUGACGCACAUAUAUUAAUUGAAAGCUGGUUUACGGCCCAUUCAUAAUACCCGAACGUGAGCAGCUUCAUGGCAGAGUCAUGAAUAUUGAUUCAACCCAUUUGUCAGCUUUAAGCUUCAGCUUCCCCGCUCAUGAACCAUCUUAUUUUUCGUUGGAGCUGAGGAAUCGUGCCAGUUUGCAGCGCCAUGAUACCACAGUAAAAGCUCCUUAUGAUCAAUACUUAUCCCCCUUGAAUGAGAUUCACAGUGCCCGCUGUAAAGGCAGAAUACAGAUCUCUGUAUUGCGACUAGUGUGGAGCUGCCCACACUCUUCACUGUUAACCCAGUUUCAUUGUCGAGUCUUUGCCACGGGCCCCAUAGAUUAUUAGUUUCUGUAUGCACAGUGAAUGAUAAGAGGCUAUGUCCCAUUUGAGUUUAGGUAUAAAGAGCUUCCUCUCGUCUGCCUGGCAGGGAGGUCCUGCUGAGAUGAGGGAUGUCAGCCUGUCACCCUGACGCAUGGCAGCUGUUUCCUGCCUGGCCCAGCUUCUAUAAAUAGCCAAAUAUAUCACCUAAUGUAGGCCAUUUGGUCAAACAGAAACCAAACGGGGCGUGUGCGGCAUGUGGGGCUAUACUUCUGUGUUUCACCUCCAACUGAUUUCUCACGCACGAGUGUGAAAUGGCACACCAUCGCUGUCUUAAUAUCAUCCUCUUCUUUAUCUGUCCCCAUGCUGUCUCAGGUGGAUUGAUGACAUAAUAAGUGGCCAUCACACAGGACUAUUAUUCUUUGUCAAGUUCAGACCUUCAUAUUCUUUCAGCUGAUCAUUUCAGCUGAUCCAAAGCAAAAGCAAUCCUUGUGUUUAAAGAUUAUGAAUAUUUCACGGAAUAUAUAUUAUUAACAUUCAACCAUUUGCUGUUGAUAUAGUUUCGGUUAUAGGCUACUUGAUGUAUUUUGAUUGACUCAAUGAAACAGCUCUGCAUUCACUCCCAGCUUGUGGAGAUAGCCUCGGUUUCAGUUUCUUUGUGAUUUUUAAAAUGUGUGUUGGAAAAUUGUUAGCUCUUUCAAUCACAUUUAACAAUAUAAUGCAAUUGAAUUACAAUAAUUGAUGGUCUUCAAGAGUUACCACUGUGUUAAAUCAACACUUCCCAACCACAGUCUCUACAAGCAUGGAGCAUUAAAUCUCCACAAAAGGGAAUGGUGAUGAUGCUUUUAUCGUGCCCACCCGCAAUAAAUUCAGGGAAAGUCACAUGACAGUUUGAAGGCAGCACAUAUCAGGACCUGUCUAACAUCUGUAUUUCAGAGUAAAUUACUACCCCCCAGGGACGAAACACUGUAUUUUCCUGGUUUCUACACAAACCCAGUAGCUACCUGGUGUCACAAAUAACUGUCUCUGUUGUCUGAAGGCCAGUCUGUCCAACUUCUCAAUGUAUUCCCAUAAAUUUUACAUUGAUAUUUAUGGUGUUGACGUCUGACUGCUUACUGACUUUAGUGAUGAUCUGACUUUAUUUUACCACCACGAUGAGGUUGAGAUUAGCUGUGUUAAGUGAGAUUUGGCGCUCACAUUUAUGUCCCCCUCAGGUUGACUUCUAUCAACUUUAGUGAUCUAUUAACAUUUCAUUUCUCACCAUCAGGUCAAAUAAUUAAAUUUUCCACUCUUUGGUUCAAUUCUACUAAACUAAUGUCAGUCCCAUUAAUCUCAGCUGUGCUCUUUGUUGAGUGCUAAUUAGUUAUUAUGAGCUACCAAAACACUCAGGUAGUUCAGCUUUGUCUUUAUACCAUACUCAGUCCAUCAUAAUGAACAUGUUAAAUGUGUAUAGAUGUUAAUCUUGAAUACUGAAGUUGUAGUUGGAGUGCACUUCAUUAAAGAUCUGAGUGCCUCUUCCACCAACCAGUGGGGGAACCAGUUACCAACAAGCCAAGUGAGGUACAAGGGAUAUGUUUGUGUCGCGCUAUGUUGGACAUGUGAUACUAAGAGGUAGAUAAGAUUCUGUUAUUUCCAUAUAACUGAAAAAAUAUGUCAAUUGAAACAAAUUGAAAUCAUUAGCUUAGGGCUGGGCGAUAAAACGAUAAUGAUAUAUAUCAAAAAUUAAUUUCCUUCGAUAUCGAUAUGAAACAUGGUCAAUAUCCUUUUCGAUAGCCAUCAUUCUGUCAUGUUUUGGUAGACUUUACGAACAGUCAAUAAAAAGAGGAGUUGCUCCAGGUCCGCUCCGCGCCAAACCGAGCAUUCAGUCCGCUUUCUCUAGCGCAACGCCUUACGACAAAACAUCGAAGAGACACAAAGACCUCACAGAUGCAGAAGCUUAUUGCAUUGCAAAAGACAUACUACCAAUAAACACUGUUAAAUUUCAUUUAUGAGUAACAGGCAACAUUUAAGGCGACAAGUGAAUUUUUUAUAUCAUGAUAUAUAUCGAUAUUUACUGAUAUGAAAAAAAUAUAUUUGGACAAACUUUUUCCCAUAUCGCUCAGCCCUACAUUAGCUUGUACUUCUACAUGAGGUAUUUGACAAACGUUGUCCCAUCCAUACUUGUUUUAUCUGUUCAUUGUGUUCUCCCUCUCUUUGGCUCUGUGGAAUUGAAAAAGUUAGCUUGAUUCUUAUUUGUUCAUAGUUUAUCAGAAAGUGGUGCUUUGUACAAUUCUUUUGGGAAAUACAUAUUGAUAAUAAAAGAAAAAAAAACAAAACAAGGUGUAAACUCUUUGUUUCUAUAAGGGGUCAGAGGGACACAGAGUUAAAAGUCCAGAAUAGCAGGCUACAGCGAAGUCAUGCUAACAGCUUGAUGAACCAAUAACUAUCACACCUGGGAGUGAAAUUUAAAAAAACACGUCUAUUGUGGAAAAAAUUGAAGUAGAGCACUGCUUUGACUAAAAAGUAAAAUCCUCUGUCUUUUAUUCGAACCGUCAGACCAACACAUGAUUACACAUUUCUAAUGUCUUUUACUGCGUUUGAUAAUUCAUGGUCAGGAGUAGAAAUGGACUGACAUUCUUAACAAGAUAACGAGCAGCUAUCUCAUUCUCAUGAACCUAGUAUUAUGGAUUGUCGUAUCUCUUGGGGUGGGUGUAUCUUCACACCUCUAGUAUUAAAGUUUUGAGUGUAUUUAUGGCUACACUGAAAUCAGACUCAAAGAGGUAAGUUAGGCCGACAGCUAAGGAGGCCACACUGGGUGAGCAUAUUGAAGCUGGAAUUAAGAAAGAAAAACGGCAAAUGCUGAGCACAUCCUGUCAGUGGCGUCUGGUUGGAUUUCAUUGACAUAAAAAUGAUGACAAUUACACCCUUUCUUCAGAAGGAGACAGGCGAGAGCUUCUGUGGAUUGAUAUGUUUGUCUAGGUGUUAUUGAAGCGCGGGUUCAGCUCCCACCUGGAGAAUUCUUCGUCUGUGUGUCUGCAUGAGUCUCGCUCAGGAGCAUCUUGGCUGCUUAAGGACUGCAUUUCCGUGUGGGGAUUUUAGCUUCUUUUUCAAGGUAUUAGUGAAAAAAAACGUAAACAGUUGAUUAUUAUUUGUAUUUCUCCCCUUAGCCAAUUGUCCAUAAUCCCUGUAGAGGAGCUUAAGAGUUAGAUUUCUGGCAUGCAUGGCCUUAUCUUUACAUAACUGCCUCACACAAAUGGAGUGUGUCUCAUUUUGACUAAGCCACACAUUUGGGCCGAAAGGCAAAGACGAUUGAGUGAGUUGAGCAAAGAGGAAAGCCACAUGAACAGUUAGCGUUAACAAAGCAGGACACUGCAAUCAAUUCCAGGGCCAGGAUACUUAUUUUCUUGCGCACACUGACAUGCGAGGUAACACACACACACACACACACACACACGAACACACACACACAUCACAUCAUUUACAUUCCUGGUGUAUCUACCAGACGCACAUGUGGGGAUGUUGGAUCCUCUGGUCCUCGUUGUCCUCUAGAGGUCACAGGGGAGACGGAUCCACCAUCAGCCUCUCUAAUGUGACAUUCAAUUACCUCCAAAGGUGAAGUGAUCUUAUUCGGGUCCACAAUCAAUUUUGCAUGGACAUUGCUGCAGUGUGCUCUUUCAGGCUCCUCUGCACAAUUUUGUGUACACACAUGUCGGGGACGGAAAAACAAGCCGCGUCGCUGUUACGUUCGACUCCCAUCGUCUUUUCUACGAAAUGGCAUCCAUCAAAGUUAAUGGGCUGUAAUCAUCACCACAAAUACACUGUCACACGUCCCACUGCUCGCUCCCGAGUAUUCAACUCCCAGUCAAUGGGAUGUAAAGAGUGACAAGCUCCAGGAACACAAUUUCCCAUGUCAUUAACGAACUUUGAGCAAGAAAUGAAAGAGAAUCAGAAAAACUUCGCCAUUUUUCAGUCCAAAAAUAAAAAAUCGUGUCUGUUUGCUCAACAUCUCUGGGAACCGCGGAGGAGAAACAUUCAUCAGAACUGCAUGUGACAUACAGUCAAUAGUACUGACGCCGUGUUUUAGACAGCCAUCAACGUUGUCGUCUUGUGAAAUAAUUCUUAUUAAAGUAUGUCACUCGUGCUGACAGAUCCGUCGUGUGGUAGAUAGAUUAAUUUUCCAUUUAGCCAAUCCUGCCAGCUUGAUAUCAGAGUUCAGGGUGUACUGUAUAUCUACUUAUCUCUAGGCUGAAAGCUGCUGGACCUCUGAUUAUACACAAGCGCACACACACGCACACACACAGACUACUCUUUCAGUGCCUAGUAUGGCAGCGCUCCAAGAAGACUGUCCCUGAUGCAUUUGAGUGUUUGAUAGGAUGUUUUAGCUGUAGCAUCCCCACAAGACAAUUUGUAGACCUCAACAGAUGGAGAAGUCCAAUUAGAAAACAGCCGAACGAAUGGGAGCAAUGGGAGAAGAGCGUUCCAACUCUUCCCCUCUCCCUCAGGAUAGAGCAGCUAAUCUUAGAGUACAGGUACAAAAACCAACAUCACUACUGUUUCAGAGAAAAAAAACAUUUAAAAGGAGAGAGAAAUAAAAGCUAGAAGGCAAGCGGGGGGAAAAAGGCCCUGUGAUUUGAUUUCUGAACACUACACGAGCAGAAAGGAAAGCGCUGAAUUUGAUACAGCUUGCUCUCACUCGACAUAUACAGUAUGUAUAAAUAUCUCCUUCUGUUGUCUGAUUCUUCAAGGGCAGACAUCCCACAAAGCAAUUGCCUUGCCAUCAGCCAAGACCCCAAAAAAAAAGAAAGGAGAAGGAAUGAAAAAGUGCUUAAAUAUAGCAAACCCUCCUGGGAUGGUGGGAGGGAGGGCGUGCUGUAGUGUGAUUAAAAUGAAUAACCUUCAUUCAGUCAUGAUUGUUAACGGUACGGUCUGUACUGGAGCCAAAACUCCGCCUGUCCUCACAGUGUUAACAUCGUUAUUCAUCAGCAGGCCUGUCCUCUGCAUUGACAAAGAUGCUCAAGUUCUAAAUAAUGGGCGUAGUGUCAUUAAGUACACAUAAUUUCUCCCAAUGGCCCAGGGUCAGUUUAAUUCAGGCCUUAACCACUCCUGCUGUGAAAGCAGACAUAGCAAUAAACCUGUUGAUGACUGAUAGAUUGCGUAGACGAAAAGACCAAUUUUCAUGGGUAAAAUGACCUUUCAGUGGUGUUGUUGUUGUUCCGCCCAUGGCCCUCAGUUAUUAUUUUUUGUGUCUUUUUUUGAUUUGACAGGAGAAGUGUCGUGGAGCGAAAUGGAAAAAGUAAUGAUGUCCCCCCCCCGCCCCCCGUGCGCAUGAAGCAGUGCGGUUGCAGGUUGGGAGAUGGUGGAUACGACUGCAGCAAGUAGCAGCUCUGCUUUGCCCUCGGGGGCCAGUCAGCAGCUGUUAGAAGAGAUGCGGCUCUUCUUCAAUGCUUCCCUCAAGGUUCUCGCUGGUUCCUGGUUCUCGCUGUUAUCUGGGCGCGCUGCUGUCGCCAGUCUGGCUCCUGUCCACACUCUCUAAGAGAGCGCUUAGUGCAUUUUUACACUUCAGCACUCUUUCUGUCUCAUCCCAAUCUCCGUUAUUCCCCUCAGUUUCGCUGUGAGAUUUUUGAAGUACUCCUUUGAACUCGCAGCUGUUUUUUUUUUUUUUUUUUAAACGGCUUGAAUUAGGAUGUCGAUGUUUCUCUCAAAGACCGUCCCUGAGAAAUUUAAAUCACUUCUGGAUCUGUUUGACUAAUUAUAUGCAGCACUUUCUGUUUAGAUGUGUAUACCUACAGUAUCCCAGGGGAAAUAUUUACUACAGUGCGUGUUACUGCAGUUUUGUUUGUACAGGAAGAAAAUUCAGAGAUUAGGGACUGCAGCUGUUUUUGUGUAAAAGCUGAUAUAGACAUUUUGAAGUUGCAACUCAAACAGAAUCUCAAAGUUUUCAGUGGUUGAGCAGGAGGAAAAAUCAAUCUUACCCAGAAAAUAUGUAUUAUCCAGAGACUUUUUUCCUUUCCUCCAGUUCUGGAGCUUUAUUUGGCCUAAAAGGCGUUAAGUCUCGAGUCUUAGCUUUUGUUCUAACAGCAGCACAGUCAAAGACCGCAUAAUUAGGCUUUCAUAAUUAGCCUCUUAAUCUUGAGAAUUCUUCUGGUCCAUGAAAAUAGUAUUCUGUCCAAACACUCUUAGUUAAAUGUCCGAAUACACGCUUUUCUGAAGCUCCUAGUCCACAUGUCAGCAGAUGGGGCUCAGUGGGCUCAGUUGUCAGAGAGAAAGAUUGAUCUGUGAAGAUGUGAGCUCUGUUGUAAUGAUAACAGUAAAAAACAAGACUUUCCAGUGUCUUCAAUAAUAGGAAAUGCUUCACAACUUUGGAAAUUGAAUAACCUUUUGGUUUGACCUAUUGGUUCAAGCAUUAGACUUGUGAGGGUGAUGGGCAUUUUCAAUUAUUUUAUGACAUUUACAUUGAAUAGUUUAAACUCUUAACAGGUUGAAGGGAUACUCCAGAGAUUUAUUAAUGUAUUUCCAUGAAGCUGUGAGAGACUGUUUACAAGCGACAACAUUUUAAGAGCAAAGGACAAGGAAUCUUGACUUUUACUCCGUUGUGUGGAUGCAUUGGAUUUUAAACCCCCAAAAUACAACCGAAAAGCAUUUUUUCAAACUCUGUAUGAGUGAUGAAAGCAGAUUUUCUUUCAAACUACAUUUCUAGUUUAUAACUCAGGAUUUGUGUCAUGGCUUUGACAUGACCAGGAGUUAUUUCUCACACUUGAAAAAGUUUCUGCAGAGCCAAUGAAGACCUUAUAUAUCUGUUUCUGUAAGCUUAGUUGUUCUCCUUAGGCUGAGGAUAUACAGUAUGUGUAGAGUUGGUCCGGUUCUGUUGAAGAAAAUAAAAAAUCGAUAGUCAAAAAACCACAAGUAAAUACAGUUUUAAAUGUCUGCUGGCCAGAGCUAACAUCUUUAAACCGCUAACAUGUCAGUGUAGAUUUACUGUGGGUUCAGUGUUACCAGGAACAGAGAUUCACUGAACCUAGAAUCUGGUGACACUGCCUCUAAGAAAAGCUGAUUUUCAGAUCCUGUAGCUCGUGGAUGCACACGCUGCAGACUCAGAGUUAAGGGGCCAUUUGGUGGAGGGAGCUGAUAUCCAGCGGCUGCUCUGUGUGGAAUCGCACAUCAAAGUUAAUCUUUCACCGUCUGCUCUGGUGCCGCCGAGCACUAAUCUGCUGUCAGUGUGAUGAGGCUCCUGGACCAGUUCCCCUUUCCCAACACACAGGCACUAAUCCACGAGACCUUUCACGUUUUUCCUCUUCCCGAUCACCUGACUGCACAACAAAAGGGCACGGGGGUCACUCUGAAAUCACAUCGUCUGAGUGCUGGUUGACAAUUUGCAUUGAUCCCUGUGUACAGUAUGUUCCAGUCAGAGGCCAGUUUGCUCUGUUGACCAGCAUCCUGAUUGGGCUACUUAUCCGUGCUUGAUGGAGCGACCACAUCUUGUGACAGGCAACAAAACAAAACAGAACAGCCGACGCAAACACUACAAAUUCUAACGCCGUUGCUAGAGCUUAUAAUUUCUUCUGCCGUUUCUUUAUUUUUCCACUUUUAACCCCCUCCAGGCCAUCGCGCCAGAGGUGAGGGAACUCUCAGUUUGCUCGAUCAAAGGUUUCUGUGUUGAAGCAAAUGUCACUGCUCUCUUGCCCACAUGCUGAUUAAACCGUGAUGAAUACAGAAUGAGCUCAUUUGCAUAAUCGCUUGAGUGUCUGAUGAUUUCAUUUUAUUAUCACGUUUCUCUUAUAAUCCAUGGCUGCGGCACCCCAUCAAGCUCCCAGCCCCUCUUUCAUGUUCCUUUGCCCUCCCCAUUCAGCCACAAAGCAGUGUAAUUGCAUUAUCAAAGCAUUAGACUGACGUGGAAGGAAUGUAUUUCAAGCUCCUUUAUUUCUUGGGUAACACAUAGAAGGCUGGGCAGAAAUCUAAACAUGGCAUGAUGAGUUCGAUUUAUAAGUACAAGAGUGUUUCAUCAUGACCUGGAUGAUCAGAGACGAACAUUAUUCAGACCCCCUCUUGAAUAUGAAAAAUGCAGUUUCCAUAUUUAUGUGUCAGCAGGAGAGCAUACUACUUUAUCAGGUUCUUCACCCUACUAGUAAUACAGAUGGGCCAAUCAUUUAGCAAUUAAAAGAAACGUCCGCAAGGAUAGUUGUUAUCAUGACGAAGAUUUGGAGUUCGGCGGUGACUUGGCAUAAUAGCAGAGAAAUAGGACUGCUUUUUUGCAUAGGACAGCAGUUGUUUCUCAAGUGUCAGCAGGUAUAGACUGAGAGACUGGAGAAGAGCCGGAGAAAAGAAAAAUGUCAAGCAGGGCUGUGCUAGCACUGCAUGAUAAUAGAAAAGGAGGAGGGGAGGAAAAAGAAAGAGAAUGAAGCGUUUCAUCUUCGACUCAUAGUUAGAGGCAGGCAGGUCCGGGCUGAGGAAGGGUGAGUCAAAGUCAGGAAUGGAAGAGCGGUUGAGAGGAAAGCUUUUUAUCAUCCCUGACUCUUAAGAAGAUCUCCCAAAUGAGAGAGGGCGUGCAUGCUAAUGUCAGAGCAGCAGUGAUAACUAGCCGCCUGGUUUCGCAGGGUGAGGGUUAAGCUGGGAUUUGGAGGGCUGAGGGAAUACAUGUUUGAUAUGUGAGCGAGGAAGAGACGAGGUGCCUUUGCCAGAGCCAUACGUGACGGAUUAUUCUAUAUGGUUUAUCAGUGUCUGCAUGGCUGAAAGAGAGGAAUUGUACUGGCCUUUGCUGGUUCCGUGUCGUUCCUGAGACUCCAGGGUGAACGUUCAGUUGGAGGAUCAAAGCCACAUUGACACCGCUUCAACACCAAGUCUUCAUUUACAAUGCAUUAACACCAGUGAGGAUGUAGCCAUGUGCGCCAUGGCUGUUUCCUUGAACUUAACAUGGUAACCUUCAGCUCUGCGCACAAUCCUGCAGAGACUUAACCUCGGUUGGAUUGUGGCAAGCAUACAAAACAAUCUCCUACAUCUGCCCCACACUUCAUUUUGCCGCAUUUCGAACAUCCUCUUCUAAAGCCAUCUUGUCUGUGCAUGUUUGCCCGCUGAGUCGGAGAUGUUCACCUAUCUCAAAGUUGUCCUUCCCUGUGGCUAUUGUUCGCAGUUACUCAUACUCGAGUGCUCUGUUUCUCCUACCACACGCAUUACAGCAGGCAGUGCGGUCCUCUGGCUCCCUCCUAUCUCUGCCUCUCUAUCUCCCCAUUAUGUUGUGUAGUUCUGCCAGCCUCCCCUUCUUCCUCUUAUCACCUGCAGUGGAAAUCGGGCUAAUCCCAGCGCCUGUGGGAUUCCCCCCUCUCUCUAUAAUGAUGUAUAUCUGAGGGGAUAGCAUCAGAGCAGAGUCCUAUCAGCCCACACACUCCUAAUCCCAUCAGUCUUUGCUGUCCAAACCCAGGAGAGGCUGCAUUUUGGAUGUUGUGCUCCCGGGUUGAAGCCGGAGAAACAGCGCAGAACAUCAGGAAUGAUACGUGGCGUUUAGGGAUCAUGUUGGAGAUCAUGUUCAUUUAUUGUGCCUCUGACUUUGAAACCUUUGUGCGAUAUCUCCCAGAGGAUUGCAUUACAGCGGUACAAGCUGAAGCUGUGCCACUGCUUUAAAAGAUUCUUGCAGGGUGUUUGCCACCAGCGAUGCUGCCAGUCUCCUUGGCAUAAGAAAGAUAGUACUCAACAGUCUGUUCACGAUGGAGAGGAACACAGAAUGUGCUGAAUAUUUGAACACACUGACCGAAACAUAAAAGAGAUUUACAUUUGGUUCAUCAAUUAAUAAUAAAACACAAGAGUUUUAAAUAGUGACAAGCUCACCAGCGCUUGUUUAUCGGUGAAUGCGGCAAACAAAGAUUGCUGCAUUUCUCUCCUCUCACUCGACGGUCAGAUUCACGAUGCCCAUUGGCACAGAAAAGAACGAUCCUAUAGCCUUUCUUGUUUUUAUGAACUAAAUUUUUUAUGAGGCCUCAGACAUAACCACCCUCAAGACCUCAACUGCAGUGCUCCAUAAAUUUCACUGUCUUCACGAACGCACACCAGAAAAUGAAUCUCUUCUUGUCACUCAUGUUAGUAUGCCUCUAUGACAUGCAGGCGCGAUAAUCCAUUUUCUUGAGAUUCCGAAUUCAUAGUUGUAUGAGCAUGAUGGAGUUCAGGAGGGAAAAUUACAUUUUUUUUGGUACAUCUAUUAUUUAACUGUCAGCAAGGAUGAAUAUUGUGCUCUUUCAGCCUUGCGGAGAAGGUACAGAGAGCUGAAUUGUCGUGGAGCAUUGCUCCAUUUGCUCCUUGUCACGGCUUGUAAAAAAUGGAGUCUUUCUCGGUUGGUCAGUGUAAGGCUUCAUCACUUCUGUGUCAAAUCUUCAGAUAAGAUUUUAAUGUUGUGUCCACUCUGACAUUCUUUGAUCCUCUGCCGCAGCUUCACAAUUCACAUCAGGCCUGCAGGAGAUGUCAUCAGUUUUAGGAUAUGUGAAACUUCCUGACAUUGCCACCGUCCCUCCUCAGUUUUAAUGCCUCGCUCUGUCAUUUCAAACUUUUGAUGGGUACAGUAGGUGACAGUAUCUGGUUUCAGGUUAAUUGAAAGGUUUUGGUCUCACAGCUUUGGAGGGCUUGUCUGUGCUGCACAAACCAUUGAUGUGUGAAACCGAGCAUGUGAAAUUACCCCAGGAGGCACUGAUAGGGAGCCUGGUGUGCAAUGGAAAGGCUGGUGAAGGUCAAACAGAAAAUGAUGCAUUCAAGGAAUUAUCAAAGACAUGCUGAGGAUGCAGAGAGCAUGUUUGGAAUUCACCAAUCUCCUCUUUUUGAAAUGAUAAAAAAUGCUAAUGCUUUGACGGACUACAAGUGGUUGACCUUGACAUUUUUCCUUCAAUUUAGCACUUUUUUUCAUCAAACGUGUGUCUUAUUUUAGAUACUGAGUAUUUCAAAGAAAGUUCACCGCGACUACCCACCACUGACUGUGUAAUUAGAUUAAAUGGAUGUAGCCACCAUGACAUUAACCAUUAAAGAUCUGACUGCUUUUAAAAGCCAGGUGUCUCCAAUGAUUGCUGCUGCCACAUCGAUAUGCUGGAACAAAAACAGUUCAGAGGAAAAAAGGGUUGGCAAACCGAUUUUUAAAGUUUACAAAAUCAGAGGAAUUUUUCAGUCCUAGUUUUGCAUUAUGUGCAAAAAACUCCCCAAAAACCCUUCACUCAAAAAACACUGCAGAAGUUCAGUUGCCAGUUUAGCUAGGGUGACCAUAUUCUGACUUCCCAAAAAGAGGACACGACUUUUCAGAAGUCAGAAUAUGGGGGGGCAGAGUCAUGGAGUCGCACCAGGUUAAUUUUGAGAGUUUUUCGGGUCGGAUCGAGAGUCUUUUAUGCGCUUCUAACUCUGUCAGUGCAUGUGACACAAAAUUGAAACUUAUGUACAAAACCACGUACAUUUGAAGGAUUUUAUAAACUUUUACGGACAAAGCCAGACAGUGCCCAAAAAAGAGGACAUAAAAGAGGACGUAUGGUCACCCUAGUUUAGCCACUGGUUUCUCAACAACAUAAAGGAAACACUGAUUUUUGGAAUUUGGAUGCCGACAUGUCAGUUUUAUGGAGCCAGAAGUGAGAACAUUUAAAAAAGAGUGGGUGGAGCUAAGUAGGAGGGAGGAGUUGGAAAAUACUUAAGUAGACUCUCUCUAAAGAUGGCACCUGUAGCUGGUCAAAAACUACCAUUAUGUUCGGUACCAAAACAUUCUGUUUAUGGCGACAGCUGACUGCAGCUGUUUGUAAAUCAGACUAAAGUGAACAUCUUCCAAGUUUGGAUAGAAAAAAUUCCCACAUUAGCAAAGCUGAGAUAGUAAGUUCAGUCACACCACUGGCUGUGCAAUCACAGAACCCAUUGGCAGUCAUCGUCUGUCAUUGAGUGGUGAAAAGAGGCGAUUUAUGACUCUGGAAAUGGAUGCCAACUUUUUGGUAAUUCUGGUGUAGCCAGCAGUUACAAAAACAACUCCCAGCCAUGACUCUACUCCAAGCUGUGUUUACGCCUGCAACGCAAGUGCUGUCAUUUCUUGGUCCAUUAGAUUCCCCGGGAUAGCACCCAUUCGUGUGUUUUAAGUACCAGGAGGUCUCAGUUCAACAGUAGACACACAGAUGCUUCGCUCUGCCUUAGUUUAGCAGUAUGAACCUGAGAAAGAACCCCUUUUUAAUGGUCUUAGUUUGUCCAAAUAACAGAUAAAACUGCAGCCUCUGUCAGGUCUGUCAUCAACAAGCAAUAUAAACCACUUCUAAAAUGAUUGUUUGUUGAGCUAAAGUUAGCUUAAUCAUUUCUGAUAAACCUGAGGUAGUAAACCUAACUACUGGUUGGCUUUCGUAGCUCAGCAUUGAGCAGAUUUGUUGUUCAAUUUGUACAUUUUAGUUAAGAACGGUCUACGAGCAUGAUACGAUAUCUCUUUAUAAUAAAUCAGCAUGAGAUUACUGCCAGUGGGAGUUAAGAUGUCAUUACAACGUACGAGUUUUGCCUGCUUUUACUCUCCGUGUAGACUGUUUUUCUUGCUUACACAAAUUCCUGCUGGAGCGUGAUUAAUCGGUAGCACUCAACCACGAAUGGAUUACUUAGAAAAAAUCAGAACACUUCUCAUGCUGAAAAUCCAGCCCCUCCUGUACGUCUAUAUUUUUAUGUCAAACCAGAAAACAGAGAUUGUUCACUGUUCCUCUGUUCUGAUGUGAGAGCUGCAUCCUGCUGUCAAUGUCAGGAACCCCACCCCAGGACUUAUUAAAAAUCAAACCCUUUUUUUUCCACACUGCAAAUCAAAAGGAUAUUUCAGGGUUGCUGUAGUGAGGUUGUAUGAGUUACAUGCUUCUAGUUACAUUUUAGCCACAGUGGAUGUCAGUUAUAGUUCUGCUCCUCACCUCGGUUUUAUGCUAGGUAAGUCAAGUUCCUCUGCAAACGGGGUCAAGACUGUCCAGUGAAUUAGGUUUUGUGUGAGACCAUGGUUCAAGUGUCGACUUCUCUUUAGGAGUUUUUUUUACACUUUGUCAGCAGGAAACGCAAAUGUUUGUGCAUUUUUUUUGUAGACGCAACACGCGUGCUCAUCUGCACGGAUCAACUAAUCAGGUCGAUGAUGUACAAGUCACUGACAUAUUAUGAAUUUCAAUACUUUUGCAUUUCAGUUCUCGAUAACUUUAAGCACCAAAUUCCUAUGACUGUUUGGUAUUGGCUGUAGAGUUAGUUGUCUUAGCUCAGUCAUCCUCUUUAACUGCUAACAUGGUGUGUUCUCAGUGGUCGUUAAAUUGUGAUUAUGAAGUUUUUAGCCAAAAUCACGUUACCUCUGCAGAGCUCCAGUAGAUCAUUAGCAACUCGCCUCUGAGUCGUGGGCGGAGACAGCGCUGCUCUGCACACUCCUUUUCAUGCUAACUUGUAGCUUAAUGUUGCCGAGCAGCAGAGGAGGCAGAUAAUAUAGAAGCUAUUCAGCUCUUGGACACUAAUGUCUUUGUGGGCAUGAUGAAAGCUAAUAUCAUAUUUAGCUUUCUUACAAGCAUUGCAAUCCACAACCACACACACUUUUUCCCACGAUUGUCCUCUCUACUUCUUGAGGUCUGGCCUGCAGAGUGGGGUACCAGGGGCGGAGCUUGGAUUUAUGGUAUAUCUGGUAUAUCUGGUGUCCUUAUAUGGUACUUACAGGCUGUUGACUCACGUUUGGAGCCAGCUCCAAGUGGCCAAUAGAGAAACAGUUUUUGCACAUUAGUUCCAGUUCUUAGCCCUCGACAAAAACCACACAAGUUAAUAUUGUAAGCAGAAAAUGUUCCUUUGUGCACACUAUAGGCAAGAAAUGCAGGACAUUAAGCAAAUAAUGGGGAGAAAAAUUAAGAUUUGAUUUAAUUUAAUUUGAUAUUCAGAUUAACAGAUUGCAGACCUCUUAGAAAUUAUUGGCAUGAAACAAUGUGGAUAGAUUGUGCGGGAGAUAGGACGGUGCGCUUAAUUCAUCUUGAUCCUUAUCAGAUGAUGAAUCAAAAUGGUUAAUGUAUUAAUCAAAUUAGUUUCAUUCCAGUGCCUACUAUUGAAGUAUCAAAGUGGAGUAGAUCAAAGUGCGUUUUGAUGAGAUUCAGUGUCUUUACCAUGACGGAUUGAAUGGAAACGCACCACUCAGUCCUGAGAGUUUUUUUUUUCAUUGAAACACUUUGACCUUGAAUGCUCAGGGGAAUAACAUGCUGUGAUGCCAUUUAAGUGCCAUUCAUUCCUCAUUGCUUCUAUUAUUGCUAUUCGCUCCUGUUACUUCUGCAGGGGUUGAGUUAGUGUCAGGAAGUGGAAGCUUGAAGUAACAUGACAGAGGUGCCAGCGAAUGCUGGGGUUUUAACGCUGUCGACAAAGCUCUCUGCGCUGAAAGAUCUCCCACAAUCCUUCUUGGAUCCUAAUUGUCAGCGGUGCUAAGCUGUUGGCGCUGAUCUCCACUGGCUUGUCAGUCUGUUGGACAGCAGGACUUACUUUAGACCUCUAUGGUAACAUAAGAAACUAGAGUCUGCGUUCACUUGAAAGGUUUUUUUUUUUCCUGUAAGUGUUUCCUUUCUCCUGCCAACAUCCGAACGCUUAAAUAAGUUGUCGCAUUUGAGAGGAGCAGACACAGUGGCAGAAACAAACAGAAGAGGUCAGAUAUCCUAAAAUUAGGCCCAUUGUAGCUGAAAAGAUUUCAUUCCAGUUUGAUUGAUUUACAAAAAGAAGGACCUGCCCUUUCCCUGAGAGGAGAAAUAAACAAAUGACGUGUCUGUAAAGUCAUACAGAUAUCUUGUUUGUUUUUUUGCCCCCCUCUCGCUUCCCACUAACCAGAUGGCAGUCAGAUUUCAGACACAGGGUUCUGGAAGACAAUCAAGGAACAAGAUUGCUUUUUUAGGAAGGAGGAUUGGUUUAACUAGAUGUCAAAUUAAAGGCCUUCACACGCACACACACAAACAAACAAACAAAUCAGUGUGUGUGUUUUUGUGGCUGUCUGUGUGUGUGUCCCUGCGUGUCUGUGUCUUUGAGUGUUGGCACGAGCUGUGAGGUGGUGAGGUGUUGUACAGAUAUCUGUCUGCGAACACCUCCUGAUGGAAUAGUGCACCAUUUUUAAGGUGAAGCGCACAAACUUUGCCAUGCAGGUUGACACAGGGACUCAUGAAUGUUUGAUUGGUCUAUUAUCCAGAGCAGGCGGGGACAUUCAUCCCCUGCUUCUGGAUUUCAAAUAUUCCUUUAAACCCGGCAUCUCUCCUACAGUGUCCACGCCGAAUCCCGGUUUUCUCCCUCUCUGUAUCUCUCAUUCUCACUCUCUCCCUCUCUCUGCAUGCAGGGCUUCAUCUGCAAUGCUGUCAUCUCACUGUAGGACAAUUCUACACAAUGCGUUGUUUUUAAGAGCGCUGCAAGAGCAAGCACGGUGAGCAUGGUUUCAGGUGGGUGAAACCAGGGAAUUGAUACUCAGUCAUCCCGACACUCCUCUUCCUCCUCUGUGGGGUGGAUAAAGAUCUGGCCAUCCAUCUUCGUGUCUCACUCGUGUCAGCUCUGGGUAGCGAACGUGGCUACCUGUUAGUGAGAGACAACAAGAACAAAGCAGAAACAUUACUUUAAUCUCUGGCUGCUGCUAAUUCCUACCUCUGCCGUCAUCCAGGAGGCAGAGCUUUGUGUAUCCCAGUCCCUCCCUCAUGAACAAUCCAUCACUGUUAGUGCUUCUCUCCAGAGUGCGCUCUCUCCCUCCUCUGUUUUUUUUUUUUCCCACUAUGCUUUGCUUUCAAAAGACGAUGCUCCCUCAAAGAACUGCAAUACAUUUUAUUCCACAGUUGGCUCUUCAGGCUCAUUUUCACAUCUAGCAGCAUCUCGACUCGACCUGCAAGAAUAAAACACAUCGAAGAGCUUUUAUUUAUGUGAGAGAAUGCCACGGUGCAUUUUUGUGUAGACCUCUGAAAAGGCUUUCAAAAGCACAUCCCCAAUCUAUAAUUGACACCUACUGUCAGGCUCGGUCUGUGAUUACACAGGAAAAUGACUUGACCUGUAAUGAACUGUAAAACUAAUGACAUCUGUGUGAGAUUACUCAUCUUGAAAGCAAACUGUUGUACAUGAAGCCCCAUCAAGCGUGAUAUUAAAAUGUCCACUUUUACAUCUUUCUGCCCAGGCUCUGUCGAAGCCCUGACUGUUGGGCCCAACGUGAUGGAAACCUGAGGCUAAUGACUCAAGCAGACGGCCGUGGGCAUUAGACAACUUCAUUUAUGAAAUAGUCAACCUCCCGUGUAGCGAUACAUUCACAUUAGCCCGCCUCACUUGAGAGACGCGCGGCUGUCACAGCCACUGAGCAAUGCUGAUGUCCUCUCCUACCUGCAUUCAUCUUCCUCUCAGGAGCUAAUGGUCUUCUCAGGUCAUUUGCGCAUUUGGCUCUCGAUCAUUUGUCUCUCCCACCUGCAACCCUGUGGAUAGCUGGUCCUCAAUAGCACACAGUGGCAUGUUUAGAAGACAAGGAAACACAAAUGCUCUGAUUUAUCCUUUUCCAAUUCUUCUCUUCCUCCUUCACUUCCUCUCUUCACCUCAGUGCCGCCUGUUGCCUCAAGCGCCCGCAGAGGGCGAAUCAUACAGGUUAGGCUCAAAUGAUUUGUUGCUGUAAUUUGCAGGUUUUUGCCGACCACUAUUAAUAGCCGGGGAGAAACCAGUCCGCCUUCUAAUUAUUAAAUGUUGUCACAUGAUAUUUACCAAACUGUGUGGGGGCCAGUGUUGUAGCUCAGUCACUAAAUCAAGUCUUGAGUCGUCAGUGUUCAAGUCGACUCCAGACAGAGUUACCGAAGAAGAAUCUAGUCUAAAUUGAGUCCCUCUCUCUGAAAUUGUCUUUGGUCUAGUCCUUAUCAUUUCUAUCAUGAUUAAUUAGAAGCAGAGCUGCUGUUCACUCCACAUCAUUGACUGUAGGACCCUGAGGUGACUGUGUGGGAUCUUUUUGAUGUUUGGAAAAAACAUUUAUGAGCAUUAGAUUCAUGCUGGUUCUGUCAGUGUGUCUAAAGAUUUAUGUUUGUGGGUGCAUCCCGAUCAGCUGACUCUGAGGUUGUCUCUGUCCUCACCUUGAUGGUUGUUUUACCGAUCAUACAUGAUGCGCUUCUCUUGCUUGGCUUGCAUAUUAAACCUAGACUGUACAUGCUACGGUCAGCUUGGUUCCGCCUUCCACCAGCGUACGGAUUUGAAGCCAAAAAGCUCUCGGUAUUUCUGGGUUUUUCCUCCAUUUCCUAAAACCAACAUUGCGCAGUAGUGUUGUACGCUUUCGGCAGGAGAGUCGCCGAGAGUCGCUGUGAUGACGCUCGGCUCUAACAGUGUCCAUGGCUCCAUAGGGAUUGCUGGAGGAGGCGGGUUUUAUGACCGAUACUGCAGCCCGUCACCAGGGGGUGCUGUUCUCAGGGUGGCUUCACCCAGUGAGGAGGCAGACAGAGUUCAUUCUUUAUACAGUCUACGGUAUUAAGGCAUCCUUUUAGAAACUGUCGCUGAAUUAGACAGCCAGCUGCUCCAAACUGAAUAAAUUAACAGGGCUUUAUACAAAAAGAAAUUAAACAAAGCCCUUGUCUCCGUCUUUCAAGUCUUAAUUCAGGCAAUGUGAGUCAUCAGCGCUCAAGUCUGUGAAUCCUUGAUAUCAAGAAAAUCAAGUCCUGGACUCGAGAGCUACUUGUAGUCGUGUUUCCUGGUAAAAGUGAUAUUUGGUUAUCUCAGUUCGCCGUACUGCUUACAACAGCUCGUAUCCUACAAAUGUUCUUGAACCCAAACCUUUUAAUUACUAAGAGCUGAUCUUGUUGAAGACCAAGAUGAAGUAUCUUUGUUAUAUUUUAUUUCAUUAACAGGAACAAUUCUGUCUUUAAGUGGGCUGAUGGCAAUUCAGAGCCCACUUAGCAAAUUUCUGAGUGCGAUCCCACCAGAAGGAGUAUGUGCGGUUUGGUGGCCAGGGUCAAUAUUCCCAUGAAAUCUGAUCAGUCAACCCAGAUGUCACCUCAUAACCUGAUACUAUGAUGGGCUUUUUAUCUUGUCAGAACUGGGACAAUAACAGGCUAGCAGCCGCUUGCUUUUCAUUUUGAUGUAACACACUUCUUUGUUGGUGUCUUUGACUGUGACUUUUCUGACUUCUCUUGAGUCCUCAAAGAAUGAAGUUAAGAGGAUUUAUGUCGCCACUCUGUCCUGUCUCUUUUAAAGCUCUACAUUUACCCAUGAUUAUAGCAGUAGUAUGAUACUUUGUUGAUUGUUGUUUGGGUAGAUCACACAGCUUUCAACUAUAAUGAACAAAUCUUAAUCACAGAGUCUUCUCUAUGGACUUCUCUGUAAAACCAGCGUCACUGAAAGAUUCGUUGCUUGUGACUUUUUUAGGAAAACAGUAAGUACAGUCGUCAGAUGAGUUUGUGAAUCUGCUGUCCCUUCAUUUAUAGGCCAAAAAACCCAACUACGAUAUGACCUCUUUUUCACAUGGCUGGCUGCUCAGACUGGACCAACCAAAAUAGUUUGAACAAGGGAAAUUCUGACAUGGUGUUAAAUGUCACAUGAUAAAGAAUGAUCAUUCGCUCAUAAGGUGAAGCACAUCUAUGAUAUAAACCCUGCAGUUUCUCAUUACAAGCGUUUUAUCUGGUCCAAGGGGAAGAGCUCCCACCUUUAAGUAAUUGCGGUUGGAUGUGUCUACUAAUGUAAAGAAAGUGAGAUCAUGCCGACAGUUUGAUUUUAGCUUUACCUUACGCACAGACAGGUCCGACUGCCUGAAAGAAGACAGGCGCAUUAAUCUCCUUAAUGGGGAUGAUUCAGACCCCAUCUGACUUAUGCACAACCAUUAAUCUAUUCAUGCUGAAUGCAGCCUGUUCAACAUUUAAAAGAUGUUGAAAAAUUACCUGCCUGUGCUUAGAUACACUGACGAGAUCUGUGUUGUGCAUGGAUCCAAAACAUGAACUGUUUUCAAGUGUUUUCACUGUCCUUAUUUCUGCAUUCAAUAUUUAAGCCGUAUUAUGAUCCAAAAGAAAAAAGAAAACAAAACACAAAAGUGGCCCAAAGACUUAAAGUGAUCCUCCAGGGCUCGGCGUCACGCUGUUCCUUUCCCUUUUCGCUUUUACUCGAUGUGAUACCACUCGCUGUAUCUUUCACAAGCUGUUUGGCUAACAGAGGUCGCAGGGGAUAUGUAGCCCGUUUGGUCACGACGUGAAAGCAUUAGCCGGUGCCAGCAGGUGUGUAAUUAUAUAUGAAACAGCGUUUCAAAAGAGGAACAUCAUGAUGGCAUGCAGAAAGUAGGCCAGCAAGAAGAGACUUCACAAAAGUCCUAUUUAUUCCUCACCCACUUCAGAUGUGUGACUUGCUAUUUGAAGUUGUGAAAUAAUCCAAGGUCACUGUAACUAUUUCAAGACAAGUAAAAAUAACAUGAAUCACACAACAACUUAACAUGAUAAAACAAGCCUCCAGAGCUGAUCCUUUGAGAGGACUGGCUUCUUUUCUUGUCUUGUUUGCACAGUGAGCUCACUGUCAUCUGUUUUUCUGUGUUCCAGGUACGGUGACAUGGUGCCAAAAACCAUCGUGGGGAAGGUGUUUGGGUCCAUAUGCUCUCUGAGUGGGGUGCUGGUCAUCGCCUUGCCUGUCCCUGUCAUAGUGUCAAACUUCAGCCGUAUCUACCACCAGAGCCAGCGGGCAGAGAAACGACGAGCCCAGAGGGUACUGACUCACCCCCUCCCUGUUUCCUCUCUUCCUUCCUUUCGCUCUGUCUCUUCCUUUUUUUUUUUUUUUUGGCUUCUAUCAGCCUCUCCCCUCUGUCCUCUUCUUAUCCACACGUAACAGCAUGACAGGGCAAACACUACCCUGCAGAAUAUUAAUCUUUUAUUGUGUUUCUGUGUAUUUGGGGGGGGCUAAACCCUCUUGAGUAUAUUUCAGAGGGAGAUGGAAAUAAGAGAGGGAAUGACAAUGACUGAACAAAUGAUCUUUAGAGUAUAGUGUCAGCAGCUUUUCAAUUGCAAUAUGUUCAUUUCUUCCUGAAAAGUGUUUGCCAAGGCAGAUUUUUCUCUAAUGGUACAUUUAAGCAUAGCCUGUCCCUGCUAAAUACUGUGGUUGCCAGAGGGAGACAUAGCCAAUUAGAGUGACAGACAAACCGUCAGAGGCUAAAACAGAGGUCUGUUUGUUCAAACAGAAAACUCGACUUGCUAGAAUCCGUGCUGCGAAGAUUCGAGGCACUAAUGCCUAUAUGCGCUACAAACAAAACGGGCUCCUGAUCGACUCGCUGGAGGAGGUAAACGGGGACCAAGCGGCGGCUCGGGGGCUGACUGACUGACUGGGGCCUCGCUGACGCUUGCAUGCCGCUCUGCUCGGGGGGGCCAUGCCACCUCACACACGGGAGGGAGGGAGGGAGGGAGGGGGGCUUCUCAUGCUACUGUAACACAGGGGGGCUGCUGUCAUUCCAGUGCUUCAGUGUGAUCGUCCUCUCUCUCUUACAUCACACCUCUCAGCCCCGGCAUUGACAUGCUUCGUCGACACUCUCUCUCCGUCCAUACAGCAGGAGGGGGCCAGGCAGGCACACUCGCCGUCUGGUGGAGCACGGCCAUCUCAAUCACACUGACUCAUGACCAAGCUCUGCAUGUCUGUCCAACAGGGUUUGGAGGGGAAGAGGGGGAACCAAAGGCUUACCGGACAGUAGGUCGCCUGCGGAGACUGUCUGCACAGCCUGCAUCUCCUCUGAACUCUGUUUUUGAUCUGCUGUGUGUGUUCGGUGUGUUAUUUCUAGAGCAUCCAGGUUGUAGUGCAGACUAACACGACAUACCUUCCAUCCCAGAGCCGUGCAGAGCCUCAUCAAAGUGUGUAGUGUUGUUGUGGUUCGGAACCUGUGCUGUGUUUGGUGCAAUCUGUUCGAUCUGUGUCUAGGUGUGCCACUGCUGUUACAUUGAAACGAGCUCAGUUUCUAAUUUGACUUUUCUGGUCCUUCUUACUAAAUCAGCGAAAGAAAUGACAAAACGAAUUCUAUCAGUGAAACAUGCCGUAAUGAGCUACCGACUAUGCACCCUGAAAAAUGUCCUCACCUCACUAGGUUCUCAGUAGAUUGGCUGCCGUGCUACAGAUCAGCAUUUCAACCGUCAAUGCUUUGCCUACAUUACUAGCUGUUUGCCUGAGACUCAGUUCCUGUGCAGAGUCUGAACCUGCUCAUCGACACUGUUGUUUUCUCCCACUUUGUGUGUUCCAAGGCCUCCAAGGAGGCAGGACAAGCCCUCGUGGGGAAGAGCCCCAGCCCACCAUUCGAGAGCCAACAUCAUCACCUGCUGCACUGCCUGGAGAAGACCACGGUAAAAUCCCUUUAUUUCCCCCCAAUACUUCAAAGCUGCGUCCACUGGAAAACACACAGUCGCUCCGGUGUCUUUCAUUCUUACUUUCUCUGUAACGGAUUAAAAUAGCUCCCAGGAAAAAAUAGUUCCUUUCAUGUAAAAUUGCAUCUGCGCUGUCUCAUCAGUAGUGCCAGGCUGGUACAGUGAGUUACAAAUAGAAACAAAGUGAGUUUUUUCAUCCGUGCUCAAACUGUACCAUCAUUUUAUAUGCAGCAUGAGUUAAAAAUAGCUGCAAAUGGGGCUGGGAAAUGUUGAAUCCCUUAUCCAUGAACAUGCUAAAGAUAACAUGACUCUGCCAGCCAGCGACAUUACUCCUCCCAAACAAACCAGCAUACUUAAUUUUACAGUAUGUAUAAUUCAGAGCUGUAAGAGCCUCUUUAAUGCUUCGCUGUGACAUGAGUUUUACACUUGCAGCUCUGUAAAGAGAUGCAGACUGGCAGCAAAUCAGUGUUCCUCCUCGUAUAUCAUCCUCCCCCAGUAAAAAGCUUGCAUGUAGUCUGGAAAAAGCUCCAUAAAGGCUACACGCCAUUUAGAUGGCAGCUCACAUGUUUGCAUUAGGCUUCUCAUACUGUGCAUUAUAGAUGGUAAAGUGACAGGCGGAGGUAAAAGAAAGAGGCAUGAUUCAAAGCUAUGCACAGAUGCUGUGUGGUGACGCUGCCACCUGCUGGCAAAGCUUGAAACACACUUUAAUCUGACCUUCAAGUCCUGUUCAUUCGUCACAGGGAUAACAGUUGUGAAUGUUUUCACAGAUGGCCCUUAAUAUGGACAUCUGGGCCAAUAUAUUUCUAUUCCCAUGAUGAUUCAUUUUCCAAUUAUUAAACAAUUUUGCAGUAGAUUCUGUUCAGUCUGUUUAGUCUUUACUGUGAAACAUCUUUAGUCAUUAUUUAGCAGAGCCAAUCAUUGAUGUAAUAGAGUGAUUCAUGAGCUGCGACCACAUCUGAAUCCCCGCCACUUCCCUCUGCAGAACCACGAGUUUGUGGAUGAGCAGACGUUCCAGGCCAACUGCAUGGAGAUCUCUGUGAUGAAUAAGUCGGGCUCGCGCACAUCCUCGCUGUCCUCGUCUCCGCACGGCCUCAGUUCGUGCUGCUCUCGACGCCACAGGAAGAAGAGCAGCUUCAGUCUGCCCAGCACCAACAACCAAGAGCUCAGCACCAUCCAGAUCAGAGAGAGGCCCAUGGCCAACAGGUAGUCCUGCUCCUCCGACACCCAACACUCACAAAGAAGAGAUCGCUGUGAUUGAUUUAGUUCUGUCUAUGAAUCCUUUGAUCAAACUAAAAUAUGAAUUUAUAUAUUUGCAUUGUUGACAUUUGGAACUACUUGUGCAAAUUAGGACAACUCUUAUGAUCUGUAUCUAUUGAAUGAUCCACUGAAUGGUAUGCCGAGGUGUAGUUAUCUUCUAAAUCCAUGCACAGAUAAACGGCCUAUUCAUUUGAUUUACUUAAAAUAAUAUUUCACUUUAAUCACAAAGUUUUGACUCAUAAUCUCACAGGUUUAAAAACGCUCUCUGUAAUUUUUGCACCCAAAUAAGUUUAGCCUAGUGGAGCUGAAAGGGGCUUUUUGUGAUACCACAACGUCUUCUUAGAGAUCCUGUUACUCUGGUUAAUCCACAGUCAUAUUUUUUUACUUACUUUUACUUUACUUACUUCUUGCAAAAGAAGUAGUCCCUUCUCAGUGGAAACGGUUGAACAGCUUGUUCUGUAGAUCGAGCAGAGAAACUAGAAAGCUGUAUCAGUGAAGAGGCGUUGCUGUAAAUGAUCUGAUAACAUGAGGGCUAAGUGGGGGAAAAGUUUCAUUCUGUAAAUUGAUUCCCUGUUAAUUUAAGUGUGAGAUUUUGUCCUGUUACAAUUUCUCCUUUUGCUGUAUUGCAGUGUAUUACAUGUGGUGGAGGGGAGAGUUCUUGGGUGAAAUUUCUCAUGCAUCUAUUCAGUACAUACUGAUUGCACCCAACUGUCAGUGAAUGCUUAAGAUGUACAGUACACUCAGUCUCUGACUCUCGGCUCUUUAUACAUAGCCCUCUUCCCUGCAGUUUAUUCUCUAUAGACUCAAGGCUGCACAAGUUCCCUCUGAAAAUAGAAAUAUCACUUUAUGAGCAACAACAGUAAAAGCUUUUUUAAACUGUGUGGAUUAAUUGAAUGUCUUUGUGUAAAACGUCCAAGAAGUUCAAGCCCCCUCUCGCCUCUUCUCAUCCCAUGUCAUCUUUUGCAGCCGCUCCAACCUGAACGCCAAACUGGACGAGACCGUGCCCUUGAAAAUCGACGAAUCUUACAUCACCCCCUCUAUGGUCAGCCUCUCGGCCCCCGUAGUGACUUCAUCAGACGGACACAGCUCCACCACCACCACUGCAUACUCUCAGAGCAACAUUGUCCGAGUAUCUGCCUUGUAGAUGUCACGCCUAUCCUAUCGGCUAACUGGUCUCAAGAAGAGGCACCAGCUGCUGAGGAGAGGGACCACCGAGCAUCAACCUGCCAUAAUCUAGAGGGAUUAUAAGAUUAGCAGAAGUCGGGGGUUUUUUGAAGUAGUGAUCUCAUCUAUCUGAUGUCAAACUCUGCAUGGUAUUACAGUGAUGUGGAUGGCUGCCUUGGGAAUAAAGAACGAAACCAGCAGAUCCUGCUCCUUUAAAGCACAGCAGACAGUGGAAGUGUUGGGAUUGUGUCGGUUAACGUUGUUGCCUAAAAAUACUGAGACAAAAACUUUAUUUUUGAAUAUGUAAUGUAGUCGUAUUUGUUGUCUUCUGAUUCCAAGGAGGAAAGGCAGAUGUUUCAAAGCUCAUUCCUGAUGGCCUCUGAUGACAAAGCACACAUACUCAUGAACAGAGGGCCAUCUUUGUGAAUAUUGAACCAGUCAAACGACACAUCUCAGACACUCACCUCACAUCCACGAUAGAUUAUUUUGAAACCCCUCCACUGACUGGUUUCUAAUAGUCCCCUCACUGUUGUAAAUCCAGAAAAACAUUCACCCGCAGGAAUGAAAACUGUUGUGAAUAUUCAUUAACUGACUCAUUAACUGGUUGAUGUCAUCGCUCAAUGAGUAAAAUAUUCUCCGCAUCCCCACAUGUUUGUGAAAUGUGCAAGUGAAAAUGACAAAAAUGACAAAAUCUGUGUUAGCUUACAUAACUUGACAUUCUGAUAUGAAUCUAUGUGAAAGCCACUAUCAUUAAUUAACAAUCGAUAUUGAGAACUAUACAGGGUACAUAUUAGUUAGAAAUAUGAGUGAGUGUUAACUAAUAAUAACCCUUAUGUGGACUCAUAAGUAUUGACCUGAAACAACCACAUGAAGGAGUGUAAAUCAUCAAAUCCAUCCCGUUCCUCCUGAUUACGAUAUUCCUAAGCGAGACUUGGUAGAUUUCACUGUGUUAAAAAGGCCAUUUUGUACAUUUUUCAUACUGUAAAUAUCUCGGUUGGAACUUUAUCAGCUGCUUUUGAAGUUGGCUCCUCUUUUCUCUAGAUUUAGUUGACGAUUGUUGGCAUACUCUUUCUGUCUGUUUCCUGGUUGAAAUAAGGAUUUGCAUGCUGUCAUUGCAGACUUCUGUUUUAUUAAAAAAAAAAGUAUGUCUCUGCUUCUUGUUGGAGGUUUGUCAGUUAAAAUGAGAUUUAUAAACGGACACCGGAGGCUGGAAUGUUAUGAUGUAAACACUUUGCUUUUAAUAAAAUACAAAUCUUGUCAUGGAGAACAUAUAUAAGGAGUAAGGAAAGGGAAGAAAUAAUCACACAUUGUGCAUUUGGUGCAGUGGAUAGAAUAAAUACUGUAGCUCUACUCAAACACCCUUUAAACGGCCCUUGUCUUUUCUUUUCCUUGUUUUCUGGAACGUAAUUAGCUGGAUUUCAUAAUGUUUUUUCCAGAUAACUAAUGGAAGGAUGGGAUAAUAAUGAGGUAGUGCUGGAGGACGUGUAAGGACCUGGCCGGCCCAGCAGUGGGUCCAGAGUGCAGAGACUGCUCUCCUGCUGAGCUCUGUGUGCCGGCUACAGCGGUCUUUCCCAGCGUGCAGCGCCUCUGCUCUGCAGUGUUUAGGGACUGCUGAGAAGUCGGCCAGUAUUAAAUCUAAGAUAUCACAAAGACAUAAAAUAAUAGGUCUCCUAUAUAACCAAAUAAAAUUCAUCCUUUGACAUGUGGGGUUCAAUGCAGUUAAUAUUUGAACAAACUGGGCAAAUGUUAACCCUCUUAAUAUUCAGUUAGACUCUGAAUAAUGAAUCUGGGUAUUUGGUCCAGUGUGACUUGGAGACAGCAGUGAGAAUGUGAUCAUUUCUUACUGAAUAUGGAUUCGACCCUGUUUUUAAUUCUGCAAAACUCUGUACGAAACUGAGGGUUCACUGCUGCGUAGAUUAUGGGGUCACUCAGAGAUGUGAUGCAGGCGACAGACACCAACAAGAUGUCCACGUGCUGGGUGAUGAUUAGCAUCUAAAGACAAAAUGGAAAUUUUCACAUGUUAGAAACCAUAAAAUAUCAUAUAAAGUAAUCAUAUAGAGCCUUCCACCCUAAGGUUUUGGAUGUGGUUACAUGGUAUGUGGAUGGGAAUAAAGUUUUUUAUAUGAUGUUUAGUUAUUGCUCACAUGAAUGAUAUAUAUUUAUCUAGGAAGAUGUGCUAUAUCUUGAAAAUACAAUAUACAAAUAUAUCACAUUUAAACUUGCACUUUAACUUUAAAAAUGUACAAAAUGAUGACAAUCAUGGACUUAAACACGAGUUUAGAGCUUUAGAUCUAUAAGCAGUCCAGAAACCCUUUAUACACAUUUUAAAACAGAGUUAUUCACCCACUUCAGACAAAACUUUAUGCAACAUUUUAAAACAAAACUUGCAUUUUCAUCUUAACUUAGACUUACCGGUGAGUUCUUGUUUUUGUGAAUGACUAGAUUCACCAGGAUGGAUGUGAUCAAUGGCAGCCAGAAUAAAAGGAACGUUAUAAUUAUGUAGCCGGCACGCUUUGCCAUUUUGCUUUCCUUCUUCUUCUUCACCCUCUCUUUGCUCGUUUUUGAAGGCAUCAUGCAAACGGCACCUUCCGCCUCCACAUCUUGUUUCGCAGCUUCUGUUUCAGGUACGUCGACGGAGACAGGAGGUAAUGAGGACGCUUGAUCUACAGUGACAACAGGCAGCGCUCUUUCUCUGUUGCUUUUCUUGGGUUGUUUUUGCUCACUCAGUAAAACAGAUGUGGAUCCAGGAUUUUCUACCUUUGCAGGGGAGCUAAGAUGGGGUCUUGUUUCUUUCAUUUCAGAGGCUGCUGUGUCAGUCUUCGAUCUCUCUUUGGACUGUUUGACUGUUUCCAAGCUGCUUGAGGCUUUCUCAGGUUUUGUAGUUGAGUUAUUGACUCCAUUAGCAGCUUCAUUUGUUGAUGGUUUCUCUGCAGCUUUUCUGUCACAUGGGUUGGACCGCUCAGUUUUACGAGGUUUCUCCUCUGUUUCCACUUUAAUCUGCAAAGAGGAUUGAUGUCCUGUUUCCAAGUCAGUUAUCUCGAGAGCAUUUGUUAGAACUUUUCUGUUGUCUGCACCAACAGGGAGUUGAGCAGUUGUUGAACCUUUGUUGGAUGAAUUUGGUUCAACUUGUGUCAACCCAUCAGGGACACUUUUGCUCAGGUUCUGACUCUGCUCAGGGUUUCCACAUCCAACUUCCACAGCUUCGGUUUCUUCUUUAGUUUGCUUUACUGCUGUUUCGUCACUUUUUGACACCAAGAUGAUCCCUUUGUCGAAUAUUUUGCGGUUGUGUGAUCUCACAAGGAAAAAUAUGCGUGCGUAGAAUCCCACGAUAACGGCAAAGCAAGCUGCCCAAAGUGGAAACAAUAUGUAAAGUCCAAAGGUGUCAUAGGAGUCUGAAGUUGUUCCUCUUGGAAGUCCUUUGCAUUUCACUUGCACGGGUGAGUCCCUCACAAAUGUGAGGCAAAAACCAGCCACCAGAAUAGCCAAAGUCCAUGUGAGAGGAAUCAGAACCAUGAUCCUCUUUCUUCUCUGGCUGAUUUUGAAGGGCUGUGCGAUGGCCUGGUAUCUCUCUGCACUUAUACAGGCGAGUGUCAGCAGCUGGAUGCAGCAGCUGAAGGAGAAAGAGGCCACCUGUGCAUCACAGAUCAACUCAUCGGCAUGUCCUCUCUCAUGCACGGUGAUGACGAUGGUGAAGAGGAGAGGGCAGUCUAUUGCACAUCUCAAAAUGUCGAUAACUGCAAGAUUCACCACCAGUGCGUUGUUCCAAGUUUGGAGGGACUUUUGGUGAUAAACAGCAAUGAUGACAAAGAUGUUCGCUGCAACCCCAACAACAGAGGUGAUCAACAGAAUCAGGCAGUUGGCAGCAACAAAGGCGAUGUCAGUGUAGUCCUCCAAGCUGGUGUUGUUCCCAAAGUCCCAUGAAGGCGAAGGCUCGACUCUCAUCUCCAGGUUUAAAGAGUCAGCAUUUUUAGAUUUGUAUGUCGGACGUGUCGAAGGAAACAAGCUUCUUUGUCUGUGAUUCUCUACUGAAUGGAUGAACCUGUGUCUUGGACAAGUUUCACCAGAGUAUCCGCCCUUUUCAUUAUCACUUCCCAGCAGCAGGUCACCUGGGAGUGCUCACUCUUCACAUUCAUUAAACACUGUGCUGUGUAUUCACAGCGUAGACAACAGGGAAAAAGGAGGUUGAUGUUAAUUGAAAAUUGGCGACGUCACUGUUCUCUCAGUCUUAAUGUGAAUCUUUAAAAAGCCAAAUGUAAUAAUAGUGAUUGUAUGGUUUAGCACUGUGAUGCUCAGGUCGUGCAUAUGUGUUUGAGGCGAGCAGCUGUCCAUCUCAUUUAAUACAGGGACCUCACAAAGGUUAAAAGCUUUGCAUUAAGCAGGCCAGAUGGAUGACUCGGGAGUUUUCUGAAUUGGCUCAGAAAAUAAAGGGAGCCGUGCUGCUGGAUUAAAGCAUGACACUGUGUAAUCCUGUUUGGAGAUAAAGUGUGAAAUGCUCUUUGCCUCAAAUGUGCAAGCUUACCAACUAUGCCAAAUCUAGGAUUAGAUCAUCACAAAACAUUUUCCCCCUGACCAUCCUACAAUUGAGACUGAUCAAAAGUCAAAAUAAAAGCAGAGUGGGUGAACCGUACAAAAGAAAAAAGUUGCUAAAUAACAAAUAAUUUCUGAGAAUAUCUUAAAAUGAGAUUACUUUUCACAGAGUGGGGUUGAAGAAAACGUUUAUUCAGGAGAAGAUCCUUAUUUGAAAAAUGUACAACAAGCAUGUGAAAUUGGGGAACAGGACAAAGACAAAGAAAUAGAAAAAAAAGAGAGCUUUCAACAAAACUUAAUUAGUAGAGUUGACCUCAGUCUCUUGGAACCCCUUUGAGAAGCUGGUACUUCUAUAUAUUAUGGGAAUUGUAUGGUUUUAUUCAGACGUAGACAGACAACUGGGGAAUGACACCUGCUAGGGGCUGUGGGUUGAAGUCAGGGAGAUUGUUUAAAGUCAUGGUAUCAGGUUUUAAUGCAGACGGUAGGAUUAUUACGUUUUCAGUCUGAUCUGAAUUAGUUCACAGAUAGAAGAGAUCAGCUGAUCAUACAUAGAGGGUCAAAGCAAAGACAAAAACAAAGAGAGAGAAUUAGGAACACUAAAGGGACAAAGUAAAUCUCAUGACUUUUUGAUACCCAGAAUGAUUUUUUUUUUGAUUUUGCUAGGAUUACAAGGAUAGAAAUUUGAUUCUUUCAAUGAUGAGUCAAACUACUGCUUUACUAACAAACAUGAACUGGCUUUAGAGAACCAUGAUGAUGAAAUAAAGUUAAGUUGAAAAAUCAAUAAAUAGUCUUCUUUGAUCAUAUCACCAAUUAUGGAGUAGUCAGUAACUUCAAAGCUUCAGCAAGUCCUCAUUAUUGUUGCUGCUCCCUCAAACAUCCUAAACAACAUUAAAGAUUCUCUGUCAGCGUCCUCUUCGUUCAUCUUUAUACAGUGAUGAACGUUAAUCUUGAUUCGUGGUGACCCACUGUGGCCUCAGGCGGGUUUGAAUCAGGCAUUAGGGACAUUGUCAUUAUGUCAUCCUUCUCUGAACCAUCUAAUCCUCAUCUGAACUGUCUGAAGAGAUUAAAUAAAACGCAAGAUCAAGAAGGCAGGCCAGCCAAAACAAAUGAAAGCCUUCACAUGUGCCCCCAAGUUUCCUGUUUUGAUUUUGUUGAUGUUGCAAAACAGAGCAUUUCUGUGUUCCAGCCUGAGGAAUAAAGAUUAGGAGACCUUCACCAUGUCCCUGCAGCUGAAAAUAAAGUUUGCAGAGGAAGUCUGCGUUAGCACAGUUUCUUAAGAUUCAAUCAUGUCUAGAAACUAUAUGGCAAUCAAGUCUGGGAGGGUAGAGGAGAGAAAAGGGCAGGACUGAGACAUAAACUAUGAGUUAUAAAAUUAUCCUGCAUCAGAGUGAGUGUUGAGCCAGCUACUCAUCAUCAUUCUACAUUCUGUUUAUCUACGUCAUACUUUAAUGAAGAAGAAGAGUGUGGUAUUUGUCAAAUUUAAAUAAAUGAUCUGGGUAUUUGUAUCCAGAAAAUUGGCUUGUUAUAUAAAAAGGUCUGCAUGAUCUACAUUACAUGACGAGAGGUCCGGUGCAUUUUGUUCAUCAACAAAAAACGAGGCCUAAAAAGGUCAACUGUCACUUCCUCGCAGUGUAUCUCUGCAGCCCUGCCUGUAUUCGGCUUGCUUUAUGAAAUGUAUGCAAAUGGAUGAAGGUUACAAAUGGAUGCAAAAUUUCAUAUAAAACAGUCAUUUCAGCUGGG